UCUGUCUACAUUGGUGUGCCCAUGCCACGGGGCUACCGGCGCAAGCGGAGGAGACAGCGUUCCAGGGACCGGGACCGUCAUCAUCAUCGCCACCGGCAUGAACACCAUGGUCGAGACCAGUCGGAGCAGUGCGAAGACGACCAAACGGUGGAUGUGCAAGACCACAGUCUCUCUGACAUCAACCACGCUAUCUCCCCAGCAGCAGAGCGGCUGCGCUACAUCCUCGGCGAUGAGGAUGAUGCGCCCACCCCCACCCUGUUCACAGAGAUGGACACUCUGCAGCAUGAGGGCGGUGAGCUGGAGUGGAGGGAAUCCGCCAGGUGGGUUAAGUUUGAGGAGAAGGUGGAGGAGGGUGGAGAGAGGUGGAGCAAGCCACACGUUUCUACCCUGUCACUGCACAGCCUGUUUGAGCUCCGCACCUGCCUGCAGACCGGCUCCAUCCUGCUGGACCUGGAAGGCUACUCCCUUCCACAGAUUGUGGAUGAAGUCGUGGAGCGACAGGUGGAGGAUGGGCUGCUCGCACCGGAGCUGAGGGAGAAGGUCGUCUUUGUUCUCCUGAGAAAGCACCGGCAUCAGACCAAGAAGCCCAUACAUCGUUCUUUGGCAGACAUUGGGAAAUCCAGUUCCACCAACCGCAGUCCGAAUCGAAACCCCAAACCAGGUGCCGGUUUCCACCGUUCCACAGAGGACCUGCGCGUGAAACAGGCCGGCAGCUAUGGCCGUCUGCAUCAUUCUCAGAGCCGGAGUAUGAACGAUAUCUCGGACGCACCGAGCACGGACCAGCUGAAGAACAAGUUCAUGAAGAAGAUCCCCCGUGAUGCAGAAGCAUCCAAUGUACUGGUGGGGGAGGUAGACUUCCUGGAGAAGCCUUUUGUGGCCUUCGUCCGCCUGGCCCAGGCCACCACCCUAGGGGGCUUAACGGAAGUUCCUGUGCCAACCAGGUUCUUGUUCGUGCUGCUUGGCCCCCAGGGUAAAAGCAAGUCCUACAAUGAGAUUGGCCGUGCCAUUGCCACCCUCAUGGUGGAUGAUCUCUUCAGUGACGUGGCUUACAAAGCAAGGGACCGUGAAGACCUGAUUGCUGGCAUCGAUGAGUUCCUGGACGAGGUAAUCGUUCUGCCGCCAGGGGAGUGGGACCCCAAAAUCCGGAUUGAGCCCCCCAAGAAGGUGCCUUCGGCAGACAUGAGGAAGUCAGUCUUCUCCCUCAAUGAGCUUGGGCAGAUGAACGGGACAGCAGGUGGAGGAGGUGGAUCUGCUGAAGACGAGGAGAUGCCAGCACCACAUGAACUGGGAGAAGAACUAAAAUUUACCGGGAGGUUCUGUGGUGGUCUGUUUUUGGACAUCAAGCGGAAGCUUCCUUGGCUGCUCAGUGACUUCUACGAUGCCUUCCACAUCCAAUCCAUCUCGGCAGUGCUCUUCAUCUACCUAGGUUGCAUUACCAAUGCCAUCACCUUCGGGGGACUUUUGGGAGAUGCCACUGAUAACUACCAGGGAGUGAUGGAGAGCUUCCUGGGUACAGCUCUGGCAGGUGUCGUGUUCUGCUGCUUUGGUGGCCAGCCACUCAUCAUCCUCAGCUCCACGGGACCCAUUCUCAUUUUCGAGAAGCUACUCUACGAGUUCAGCAAGAGCAACAGUAUUGACUACAUGGAGCUGCGACUGUGGAUCGGCCUCCACUCCUGCUUUCAGUGCCUGGUGUUGGUUGCUACAGAUGCCAGUUACAUCAUUAAGUACAUCACACGCUUCACUGAGGAGGGCUUCUCUAGUCUCAUCUCCUUCAUCUUCAUCUCUGAUGCCAUCAAGAAGAUGGCCGGCUCUUUCAAGUACUACCCAAUCAACAGGGGCUACAAUCCCGACUACGUCACCAUGUACAAGUGUGACUGCCAGGCCCCCACUCAGGUGUCUCCCGUGUCCAACAACUCUGCCCCAACCGCGGUAGAGAGCCUCAGCGAUCUGCCCGUGCUGAACGGUACAGCUCUGGACUGGAGUCAGCUUAGUAAGAAGGAGUGCCUGAAGUACGGGGGAUCCCUGGUGGGCAACUCCUGCAAGUAUGUGCCUGACCUGGCCCUCAUGUCCUUCAUUCUCUUUUUUGGCACCUACUCCAUGACCAUCACGCUCAAGAAGUUCAAAUUCAGCCGCUACUUCCCCACAAAGUGCCGUACCCUCAUCAGUGACUUUGCCAUCAUUAUUUCUAUCCUGGUUUUUUGCACGCUGGACUACCUGCUGAACCUGGACACUCCCAAACUGCACGUCCCCACAGAGAUCAAGCCGACUCGCUCAGGCCGCGGUUGGAUCGUCAAACCGUUUGGGAAGAACCCCUGGUGGAUGUACUUGGCCAGCUUCGUCCCAGCUCUGCUGGUCACCAUCCUCAUUUUCAUGGACCAGCAGAUCAGCGCUGUCAUCGUCAACCGCAAGGAGAACAAGCUCAAGAAAGGGUGUGGGUACCACCUGGACCUCUUCUGGGUCGGCAUCCUGAUGGCCACCUGCUCAUUCCUGGGUCUACCCUGGUAUGUGGCAGCCACUGUCAUCUCCAUCGCUCACAUUGACUCCCUCAAGAUGGAGAGUGAGUCCAGUGCACCUGGGGAGCAGCCACAGUUCCUGGGAGUGCGGGAGCAGAGGCUGACAGGAAUCCUGGUAUUCGUGCUGACGGGGGUCUCCAUUUUCCUCGCACCUGUACUACAGUUUAUCCCUAUGCCUGUGCUCUAUGGUGUCUUCCUGUACAUGGGUGUGGCCUCUCUUGGCGGUAUUCAGUUCUGGGAUCGGAUCAAGCUGUUCCUGAUGCCACUCAAACAUCAGCCUGACUUCACAUACCUGAGGCAUGUCCCCCUGAGGAAGGUGCACCUCUUCACCUUGGUGCAGAUCAUCUGCCUGGCCGUGCUCUGGAUCCUCAAGUCCACCGUAGCAGCCAUCGUCUUCCCUGUCAUGAUCCUGGGGUUAAUGGUUGUGCGGAAGAUGUUGGACUUGGUUUUCUCCCAACAUGACCUGGCCUGGCUGGAUGACAUUCUGCCUGAGAAAGACAAGAAGAAGAAGGAGGAUGAGAAGAAGAAGAAAGACAGAAAGAAAUCUAAAGGGCAGGACGAUGACAGCAAUGAGGAGCCCAUAGACCCCAACCCUCCCGUGAAGAUUCCCAUGGAACCCCUUGUUUCUUCUGUUAGCCUUGCCCCUCCCCUUGCCUGCUCUCAGGUCAACGCUUCAGCAUCUGAGCGGGAAGGGUCACCCCUACCAUAACUGCUCUCCCGACGACUCGGACCUGGACCGCAGGUACUGUGUGCUGAAACUGCACGUGCCCUACAGUGACCUG